CGCGCGCCGGCCUCUGUCACGGUAGGAUGUGUAUGUUUAUGUUUCCGCGAUGAAAGCGGUCCGCUUAUCGCAUACGAAGGUUAGGUUUACGCGCGUCGCGAGGACAACGCACGUUUUUACGCGGCGAUAACUCACCUAAAGGGCAGGCGCUCUCCUGAAUGUCCCCGCGCCCCCCCGAGGCGCCGUCGCGACGACACUCCAAGGGUUCCGUGAGGCUUCUCCGCCGCCCGGCAUACGCGACAGCUGCGAUGAGAGACGCGGUAAACGUUGGAACGUCAGGUUCUGUUCACUACAUAAUUUGUGCGGUAGUGUUUGUGUGAGGGGCCACCGAGAGGCCGCGGCCGGAGGGCUUCCGAGAUGAGCUAUGAAUCUGGGCUGCCUGGUAGCCUCUAUCUUUGUUCUUCAGCUGCCAUCGGUGCUCGACGCGCUACCUUCGGUCGUCAAAAUUGGUGCUAUAUUCACUCAUGACCAAAAGGAUAGCAGCACGGAGCUGGCCUUCAAGUACGCCGUCUACAAGAUCAACAAGGACAAAAUUAUACUGCCAAAGACCACGUUGGAGUACGACAUCCAGUACGUGUCGAAAGAUGAUUCCUUCCACGCAUCGAAGAAGGCGUGCCAGCAGGUCAAGCAUGGCGUUCAAGCGGUUUUCGGACCCUCGGACCCGAUUCUGGGACAGCACAUUCACAGUAUUUGCGACGCUCUCGAUAUUCCACAUCUCGAGGCCAGGCUGGACCUGGAGACGGAAGCGAAAGAGUUCAGCAUUAAUCUCUAUCCCGCACAAAGUCUGCUCAACGCCGCUUAUCAGGACAUCAUGGAGUUCCUCAAUUGGACCAAGGUGGUGAUCAUCUACGAAGACGACCAUGGAUUGGUGAAGCUUCGGGAGCUGGUGAGAUCACCGAAAAUCCGUGAUAUCGAGAUCAAUCUCCGGCAAGCAGACCCCGACUCGUACAGGCAGGUCCUCUCCGAAAUAAAGAGCAAGGAAAUUCAAAAUAUCAUCGUGGACACAAAACCCGAGCACAUGCAUCAUUUUCUACGAAUGAUCCUGCAGCUGCAGAUGAAUGAUUACAAGUACCACUACCUCUUCACGACUUUCGAUAUCGAAACCUUCGACCUCGAGGACUUCAAGUACAAUUUUGUCAAUAUCACUGCCUUUCGUUUGGUCGACGCGGAUGACGUCGGCGUACGUAGUAUCCUGAGGGACAUGGAACGCUAUCAGCCGUCGGGUAACACAAUCCUCAAUAAAUCGAGGAUCAUCCAGGCCGAUCCAGCGUUAAUGUACGACAGCGUACAGGUGUUCGCGGUGGGAUUACGUACCCUGGAGCUAUCCCAUGCUUUAAGGCCCGCCAAUAUUUCCUGCGAGCUCGAGCACCCCUGGGACGGCGGCUUGUCCCUCAUCAACUAUAUCAACUCGGUCGAGAUGAAAGGAAUCUCCGGACCUAUUGAAUUUAAAGAAGGCCGCAGGAUCCAGUUUAAAUUGGAUCUGCUGAAACUGAAACAGCACUCGCUCGUCAAGGUCGGCGAGUGGCGUCCCGACGCCGGCGUCAACGUCACUGACACCGCGGCCUUUUUCGAGCCUAGCAUUGGGAACGUAACUCUGAUUGUGAUCACCAUACUGGAGACGCCGUACGUGAUGAUGCACCACGAAAAGAACUACACCGGGAACUCGCGAUUUUAUGGUUUUUGCGUGGACCUUCUGGCGGCGGUGGCGAGGGAGGUGGGCUUCUCGUACCGGUUGGAGCUGGUUCCGGACAGAAAAUACGGCGCGCCGGACCCGGAGACCGGCGAGUGGAACGGCAUCGUCCGAGAGCUCAUGCGACAUGAGCAGCCGUAUGUAAUGCUGAAGAGCGGGGGGAAUUUCAGCGGCAACACGCGCUACGAGGGCUUCUGCAUCGACCUGCUGAAGGAGAUAGCGCGCAUGGUGGGCUUCACCUACAGGAUCGAGCUCGUGCCGGAUGGCAAGUAUGGCGUUUACGAUUACGAGACCGGCGAGUGGAACGGGAUAGUUCGCCAGCUGAUGGACAAGAAAGCUGAUCUCGCUGUCGGCUCGAUGACAAUCAACUACGCGCGCGAGAGCGUCAUCGACUUCACGAAGCCGUUCAUGAAUUUGGGCAUCUCGAUCCUCUUCAAGGUACCAACCAGCCACCCGGCGCGGCUUUUCUCCUUCAUGAACCCAUUAGCGAUCGAGAUCUGGCUGUACGUUCUGGCGGCGUACGUCUUGGUGUCUGUGACGAUGUUUGUCGUGGCGCGAUUUAGUCCCUACGAAUGGAAUAAUCCCCAUCCGUGUCACCCCGGGCCGGAAAUCGUCGAGAACCAGUUCUCCUUAUCGAACAGCUUCUGGUUCACCAUCGGAACCCUCAUGCAACAGGGCAGCGAUCUGAAUCCCAAGGCUACGAGCACGCGUAUUGUGGGUGGUAUAUGGUGGUUCUUCACCCUGAUCAUCAUCUCGUCGUACACCGCGAAUCUAGCGGCUUUCCUUACGGUGGAAAGACUGAUCACACCGAUAGAGAACGCCGAAGAUCUCGCCAGUCAAACGGACAUCGCGUACGGAACUCUCGAUAGCGGAAGCACGAUGACUUUCUUCAGGGAUUCAAUGAUCGAGACGUACAAAAAGAUGUGGAGGUUCAUGGAGAACAAGAAGCCGUCGGUAUUCGUUCCAACAUACGAGGAGGGUAUCCAGCGGGUUCUUCAAGGCGAUUAUGCCUUUCUCAUGGAGUCGACCAUGCUGGAUUACAUUGUCCAGAGGGACUGCAAUCUCACGCAAAUUGGUGGCCUGUUAGACACCAAAGGAUAUGGAAUCGCUACGCCCAUGGGCUCGCCCUGGCGGGAUAAGAUAUCUCUGGCAAUUCUGGAAUUGCAAGAGAAGGGCGAAAUUCAGAUUCUGUAUGACAGAUGGUGGAAGAGUCCCGGGGAUACUUGCAUGAGGACGGAAAAGGGAAAGGAGAAUAAAGCCAACUCUCUAGGCGUCGACAACAUAGGAGGAGUUUUCGUGGUCUUACUGUGCGGUUUGGCAUUCGCCGUGCUCAUAGCAAUUUUCGAAUUCUGCUACAAUUCCAGGAGGAAUGCACCGUCGGAACGGCAAAGGCCUCCGGUCCCUCCGCCCACCUCCGGCUCUCUUCAGGGAAUUUCUCAGACGGUGCAACAGCAGCAGCAACAACAGUGCCAGCAGCAACAUCAGCAGCAACCAAGUCAACAAGAGUCGCUUUGCUCGGAGAUGGCACGCGAGCUCUGCCGCGCUCUACGCUGCCGCGCGUCGUCUCGACGGCGGCGUACUUGCGACAAAUGUUCUACACACGUGAUCGGCUACCCGCCGGACAAUCCCACUGCCACCCCCGUAAACGGGAUGAGAUCCCAGAGAAGCAACCUGGCCGUACCCGUAGUCGAACUGCCUCCACACAUCCAUAUGCAUCAUCACGCACCGCCGCACGAUUAUGACGGCAAUUAGAAUUGUUAGCAAGACCAGUACCAUCACAUUAUAAACUAUAAUCGUAAUCAGGAACAAGUACAAAGCGUCUCGCGUCUCGCGACAAGCAACUACGAUCGAUUUGUUGAUAGACUUCCGUCGAUAGUGACGGAAUUCACCCGAUAGACAUGUUUGCACAAUAUUGACAAAAUAUUUCGUCGUUGACGUUCGCGAUUACGAAGAAAGAGCUUAAACGUAUCUGUAAAGCAAAACGCGUGCGCCGCUUUUCCGCACAUUUGAUAAAUCCGUCGAAGAACCGACGCUAUAUACUGAACUUAAUUGAUAAAAUGGUAUAACGUGGCGCUAAAGUGGUUUUUCUCGUAGCCGCGAGUUUUGUACAAUUAAUCAAUCCGCGGGACAGUAUAAUCGUCCUGAGGCGAAGCGUUCGCCGCUUUAUUCGCCACUUUAGAAAGUAUUCAAAUACAUUGAGGUAACGUGAUUUAAUACUAUCAGGAUACACCGGAGAAAAAUCUUAAAUUAAAAAGUUACGAGCCAGCAUGCAUAUUAAUUCUUGGCCUUGCGAAACGAAAUUUUCUUCGAUGUGAUAUGCGAUCAAGAUAGACGGUAUCAAGAUCGACGAUCGAGUAAAGUACUUAAAAAAGUUAAUGUCACAGUGACGUUUUAUGUAACAACUGAAUGCUUUACGUAAAUGGACCGUGAACGUUUUACCCUCCUCGAAAAAAAUAUCUGUUUUUUCUUGAACGCUUGUUGAGAUCUGAGCAUAACCCUGGCACAGUGCAUUCACCAAACAUUGGGUUAAACAUUGGCCCAAUAUUUGGUUGUAUUUAGCCAAUGUACUGUGCUACUAGUGGAGCAUGUAAACGUGUUUUUGAUAUGUAAAAAUGAAGAGGAAUAUUUUUCUCCGUACUCCUUCGCUCUUUUCGAAACAAGUAAAAUUUCUGGUGGAAUAACUUUCCCCGAUCCUUUAUCUUUGGCCUUUCUUUGCACGUCGAGUUCUCAAUUGUCGCAAAAUCAUCAUCGCGAGAUAGGAAUCCACGGCAUCUUCAUGUCCAAAUUCUAAUUUAACCAACAUCGGCUCGAUCGAGAGAGCAAUAUGCUGAACCUAACGAUAGACGAUGAACAACCCUUCCGUCCUACGCCAGUGAAACCAAACAAUCCGAUGUAGCUACACACAUGAUGGCGAUCACUGAUAUCUCUAAUGAUAUCUCUUCGAGCAUAUUCACGCUACUCUCGCACGAAAUCUAACGUUCGAUCUAUGCACAGAACAAUAUUCGAACGCGUUCUGUAAAUGCGUUCUCUUUUUACGAGAGGCUGCCUAAAGUGUAAUUGUACACACGCAAGUAUUCUGUAAAUAUCGCCGCGACAAAAGCAGCAGUGAGAUUCGUAAUGGGACUAUUUUAUGCAGAUGUGGCUGAGAGUGAAUAAUCGUUAGCGCUAAUCGAGUACAACUUUAGACGUUUGGUGUUAUGUAACGUGUGCUGUAAUAUGCUGAUAGCCGGCGAAUAAACGUACGAUAAGAGGA